AUGUUCGCGGCCAAGCGAUUAGGCAAGAUGCACGAGAAGCUGCCACCGGGCAUAACGCUUGUCAAAGCCGACGACUUUGAAACCUGGCUCAUGGACAUUCAAGUCAUGGACGCAAACCCCAUCUACCAAGGCGAAACCUACCGGCUGAAGUUCGGUUUCAGUCCGCAGUAUCCUAUCGAGGCACCCGAAGUUGUAUUCGUCCGCGAUGAAACCCACCCGAUACCCUGGCACCCGCAUAUCUACUCCAAUGGCAUCAUCUGCCUCGAUCUACUAGACCGCUCUGGCUGGUCCCCCGUACACAAUGUGGAGAGCGUGUGUGUGAGUGUGCAGAGCAUGCUCACCAGCAACACUAAGAAGGAGAGACCGCAAGGAGAUGAGAACUUUGUGAGGUACAACACGCAAAGGCCAAGGGACAUUAGCUUUGUGUUUCACGACGAAAAGGUCUAA